AUGGACACCCCCUCCCCCCAUUAUGGACCCCUCCCCCCAUUAUGGACACCCCUCCCCCCAUUAUGGACACCUCAGGAGGAGCCCCCCCUGAAGAAGAAGCGCCCCGAGGGCUCCGCACCGUGGGCAGGGGGGAAGUCGGCCCCGCAGGACGAGGUGGACGAGAUCGAGGUGUACGGCAGCGAGGCGCAGUCGGGCACCCAAUUGGCCACCUACUCCUUCGAGGUCUGUGACAGCCUCUUGAACAUCGGGCCCUGCGCCAAUGCAGCCAUGGGGGAGCCGGCCUUCCUCAGCGAGGAGUUCCAGAACCACCCGGAGCCAGACCUGGAGCUCGUGCUCUGCUCCGGCUACGGCAAGAACGGGGCCCUCACCGUGCUGCAGAAGAGCAUCCGGCCGCAGGUGGUGACCACGUUCGAGCUGCCCGGCUGCUACGACAUGUGGACCGUGAUCGCGCCCCCCAGCAAGGAGGAGGGGGAGCCCGGUGCCGGUGCCGGUGCCGAGGCCGAGCCGGAUGCGGCGGCGCCCGAGGGCCCCGAUGAGGACGCGGAGAAGCGCCAUGGGUUCCUCAUCCUGAGCCGGGAGGACUCGACCAUGGUGCUGCAGACGGGGCAGGAGAUCCUGGAGCUCGACACCAGCGGCUUCGCCACCCAGGGCCCCACGGUGGGGGCGGGGAACUUGGGGGGCGGGCGCUACAUCCUGCAGGUGUCCCCCAUGGGCAUCCGCCUGCUGCAGGGGGGUGAGCACCCAUGGUAUCCAUGGGUGCUGAUGGAGGUGGGGGCUGAUGGGGGUGGGGGCUCAGUAUCCAUGGGUGCUGAUGGAGCCGAUGCCCUGCACCUGGUGCCGGUGGAGCUGGGCUCCCCCGUGGUUCACUGCUCCAUCGCCGACCCCUUCGUGGCGCUGCUCAGCGCCCACGGGGCCCUCUCGGCCUUCGCGCUCCAGGGGGACCCCUAUGGGGGGCGCGCCCCACGGCUCAGCCCCCUGCGAGGGCCCCUGCACCAC